AUGGCUCCAAGUAAGAACUCGAGGAAAUCUAAUCAUCGCUCCACGCUCUCGCUACAGAAGACAGAGAUAAAGAUCAAUGUCUACGACUUACUUCCACCUGGGAAAUUAGCUUCCAUAUUAUGGACAAUCGGCUCUUCACUCCUCCACUCCGGCGUCGUUAUAAACAACAGAGAAUAUGCGUAUGGAGGACACGAUAGAAGAGGACUGACUGGCGUCUAUUACACCCCGCCUCGAGCUGUGCCGCCUGGAGGGACAUUCCAAUGUGAGAUCCUCCACGGCUUCACAGUCCAGCCACAAAAUGAAAUAGACGCAAUCAUAAAAGAAGCUUCCGACGUCUUUCAGGGCACAUCCUACAACCUCCUCACUCGAAAUUGCAACCAUUUCACGGCCUACCUCUGCGAGAAACUUACUGGGCGAGCUGGGCCAAGCUGGUUGAAUAGAGCUGCUAGUAUUGGCGUUGCGCUGCCUUGUGUGGUUCCGAAGGAGUGGAUUGCUCCUCCAGAUUUCGAAACUGCGGAUGGAGAGCUAAUGGAUGACGAGGAACGACAUGAAAGUCAUGAGAGGUCGGGGAUGCUGAGGGACAUGGAUACGAGUCUGCAGAGACGGAGCGUGGAUUUCACAGAGGAUGACGAAUGGGAUAGUGAGGAAGAGAGAAGACAGGGUGGGAGUGGGAAGGGGAAAGGCAAGGUCAGAGAUACGUCCGGAAGGGUUGUACCUCCUGCCGAGAGAGCUCCAACCAAGAAGACUAGGGCGGCAAACUUGUCAUAA